AAAAUAAUUCUCAUGACCAUCAUUUUGUAUUCAGCAGGUGACUCAAAUGCAAGAAAUGGGGAUGAAUAUUCUGGUGGUAUCUCUGAAGACUCAGGAUUCAAUUUGGGGUCAUCUGAUCAGCAGGGAUUUGGAAUCAGUGGAAUUGGUAGGAAUGGAGAGAGUGGCAGUGGAAUCGUGGGGGCUGGAUACUUGAGUCCUGGAUCUGAUGUCAGUGGCACAGGAGAAAAUACUUGGUCUUCUGGUUCUGGAAGUGGUGGAGGAAGGAAGGGUGCAGCUGGACUUGGUGUUGGUACUUCUGGACCAAAUGAAUUUGGUGAAACUGGCGUUAGUGGCACAGGUGUCACAAGCCCAGCCGACCACAGUACCUCUGCACCACUCUCUACACCAGAAAAAGGAUCCCACAUUCCAGAAGCAACUCCGAAAUACUCAGAAACAAAUACAAUUAUUGGCGAAGCUUCUACUUGGGGCAAAGGAGCAUAUAAAGCUUUCAAUGGCCGCAUCUUUUCCUUUGACUCGUCAUGCGCAUACACCUUCUGCCGUCAUUGCAUGGAAUCCGGAGAAGAUUUCAAUAUUGAGAUCAAAAGAAACAAUAAUAGUGAUAUUGAAAAAAUAAUAGUUAAAAUCGACACUAAUGACGUCUCUAUUUUUGGUGAUAUCAUCCUAGUUAAUGAAGAAAGUGUACAGAUGCCAUAUAACAAUAAAUUGAUACACAUUAAAAAAUAUGGAGAACAUAAUGUCCUGAAUAGCCGCAGAGGAAUCAUGUCUUUAAUGUGGGACAAAAAUAACAAACUCUCACUUACUCUUCACAAGAAAUAUCCAACUUGUGGUCUCUGUGGUAACUUCAACAGCACUCCAGGAGAUGAUAUCAAUGAACACAUUGCCAAUAGUAAAAUUCCUGGUGAUUGUCCCAAAGCUGUUAGUAAAACCUAUGAUGUUUGUGAAGAUGGCGUGCAGCACUGUGACAAAAUUAUUGGAACUUACUUUGAGAAAUGUAGAAAGGUCACCACUUUAUCCAAUGACUACAGAAUGAUCUGCAUUGAUGAGUACUGCCAAAAUAGAGACAAAAAUUCUACGUGUGACACUUACACAGAAUUGUCCCGCCUCUGUGCCUCAGAUGGUCCCGGCCCCUACGUAUCCUGGCGAGAUGAUUCUGAUGUGGUUUGCGAAAAACCUAGAUGCCCAGAAAAACAUAUCUACAAAGAAUGUGGUCCCUCAAACCCUGCAACUUGUUCUAAUGUGGUUCCUUUUCAAGACAGUGAAUGUGUGAGUGGCUGCACCUGCCCAGAAGGUUACCUAUUGGACGAUAUUGGAGAAAAAGGGAGAUGUGUAUUAAAGGCUAAAUGUCCCUGUGAAUCAAAUGGAAAGAUCUAUCAGUCAGGAGAAGUCCGAGAUGGUCCUUGUGGUUCUCAGUGCACAUGCCAAGAAGCAAAGUGGUCUUGCACUGAAGCAUUAUGUCCUGGAAGAUGUAAGGUGGAAGGAAGUUCAAUCACCACCUUUGACGGUGUUAAAUAUAACCAUCCUGGAAACUGUCAUUUCUUGGCCAUCCACGAUAAAGAUUGGUCUAUUAGCGUUGAACUUCGUCCCUGUCCAAAUGGUCAGUCAGGAACGUGCUUAAAUAGUGUUACACUCCUCUUGAAUUCGUCUAUUUCAGUUGACAAAUAUAUAUUCAAUAGAGAUGGAACAGUCACAAAUGAUAAGAUUAGAAAUCAAGGUUAUUAUUAUUCAGACCAAAUGCAGAUCUUCAAAGCAUCUUCCUCAUACCUUCAAGUAGAAACAAACUUUCAUGUAAAGAUGCAGAUACAGAUUGUUCCUGUGAUGCAAUUAUAUGUUUCCAUGCCACCCAACCAAUUCACAGACACUGUAGGACUCUGUGGUUCCUACAACAACAGAGCAGAGGAUGAUUUCAUAUCAAGUCAGAAUAUAUUGGAGAAAACGUCUCAGGCAUUUGCUGAUUCUUGGGAAAUGAUGCCCUGUCCUAAAGGAAACCCCACUUCGUGCAUCAGUAUAGAAAAAGAAAGAUAUGCUGAAAAGCACUGUGGAAUUCUUCUUGAUUCAAGUGGGCCUUUUGCUUCCUGCCAUCCAAUUGUGAAUCCUAAACUAUAUCAUGAGGAAUGCAAAAAAUACACUUGCACUUGUGACAACAGUGAAGAUUGUUUGUGCACGAUUUUAGGCAACUAUGUAAAAGCGUGUGCUGAGAAAGAAACAUACAUAGUGGAAUGGAGAACUGGACUAUGUGAUCACUCUUGCCCAAGUGGCCUGGUUUUCAAGUACAAUGUAAAAGCCUGCAAUAGUUCUUGUCGAUCAUUGUCAGAGAGAGAUAGGAGCUGUGAUGUAGAAGAUGUUCCAGUUGAUGGAUGCACUUGCCCUGAUGGAAUGUACCAUAAUAAUGAAGAGAAUUGUGUUCCAAAAUCUCAGUGUGACUGCUACCUAAAUGACGAGGUCAUACAACCAGGCAAACUCAUCCAUAUUGAUGACAAUAAAUGUGUCUGUCGGGAUGGAAUUCUUCUUUGCCAGACUCCCAUUGAUUUAACCCUACAGAAUUGUUCCGGAGGGACUGAAUUUGUUGACUGCAGGGACCCGAAGGCACAGAGAAGAGUUGACAGUACCUGUAGCACUCGGAACAUACCUAGUUUUGAUGAGAACUUGCCUUGCAAACGUGGGUGCUACUGUCCAAUUGGCAUGGUUCGAAAUUCUAAAGGAAACUGUAUCUUUCCUGAAGACUGCCCAUGUUCUUUUGGUGGACAGGAGUAUGACCAGGGAAGUGUUACCUCGGUUGGCUGCAACAAAUGUACUUGCAUAAAAGGGUCUUGGAGCUGUACACACAAUGAAUGUCAAACCACCUGCCAUAUCUAUGGGGAAGGUCAUGUUAGAACUUUUGAUGGAAAAAGUUACAGCUUUGAUGGUCUCUGCCAGUAUUCAUUUCUUGAGGAUUAUUGUGGUCGUGAAAAUGGCACAUUCCGUCUCUUAACUGAAAGCGUCCCAUGCUGUGAAAAUGGGCUUACAUGCUCAAGAAAAAUCAUAGUUGCUUUUCAGGAUCAGAAUGUUGUUCUGCAUGAUGGGAAAGUAACAGCAGCCAAAACUACAGAAAGUAAGGAAUGUGAAAUCAAUGGAAAUACAUAUUCUGUACAUACUGUUGGCCUGUACUUGAUUCUGAAAUUUUUGAAUGGAAUAACCAUAAUUUGGGACAAGAAUACAAGAGUUUCUGUUAUACUGGAUCCACACUGGAAUGGCAAAGUAUGUGGUCUUUGUGGAAAUAACAAUGGUGAUCUCAAGGAUGAUUUCACAACACGAUAUUCAUCAGUAGCUGCUGGAGCACUGGAAUUUGGAAAUAGCUGGAAAACCAGUCAAGAAUGUUCAGACACAGUAGCUCAAGCUUUCCCGUGUGACUCAAACCCGUACUGUAAGGUCUGGGCUGUGCGGAAAUGUGAGAUCAUCCGGGACAGCACCUUCAGAGACUGCCACAGCAAGGUGGACCCCAAUGCCUACUAUGAUGCAUGCAUUGAAGAAGCCUGUGCAUGUGACAUGGAGGGGAAGUACCUGGGAUUCUGCACAGCUGUGGCUAUGUACGCAGAGGCGUGCAGUGCGGUUGGAGUCUGUGUCAGGUGGAGAAAACCAGAGCUCUGCCCUGUCUACUGUGAUUAUUACAAUGCCCCUGGGGAAUGCAGUUGGCACUAUGAACCUUGUGGUACAGUGACUGCAAAAACUUGCAAAGAUCAAGUUAUUGGCCAGAAAUUUUCUGCACUUUUAGAAGGAUGUUAUGCUAAGUGCCCAGAUAGCGCUCCUUAUCUGGAUGAGAACACCAUGAAAUGCGUCAGUUUAUCUGAGUGCAGCUGCUUCUAUAAUGAUAUCAUACCAGCAGGUGGAGUGAUUCAGGAUAACUGUGGAAGAACAUGCUAUUGCAUCGCAGGAGAGUUGGAGUGCAGUGAAACUGCUCCUACAAAUUCAACAUUCACAGUUUCAGCUACAACAGCUACCUCCAUAUUAAGCACCGAAGCAGCAAUAACAUUGGUAACCAGGAGCUCAGGUGCAGCAGCUUCCAUUCCAGUGAUUACAACAUCAAGCAGCGAAAUAAUAGGGACAACUCUAACUCUUCUGAGUGAACCUUUUACUACAGGUGUUAUUGGAACUCCCGUUCCCGUGACCGUCAGUGCUGGCACGGCAGGCACGACUGUAGUGUACCCCGCCCCCACCAGUCCUGGGCACAUGGCAGGAGGAACAACAGGCAGCCCUACUGCACCAGCAAGAGAAGGUGAAGACAGCACACCCAGGGAACCAAGCACAGGGGCGACAAGCCCAGGGAAACCAGGCAAGUCAGAUACACAUUUUAGCGGACCCCAGAGGUUUCAGAGGGCUUCACAACAGCACCUGGGCAUGAGAACACAAAUGGAGACACAACUGCCCCGGGCUCGACCAUGGGAGGCAGACCAGAGAAAUGAACAAAUAUGUGAAACAAUAUGUAAACAAAUAUAUGAAAAGUAUUUUGAAAGUAGAGAACAGCACAAUCUGUUCUGCUUCACCAAAGAUCAUGAUUCAUAUUUAUUUUUGAUUUUGAAAGGGACUACUGGAUCAUCAGCUAGUGAUGCAACUAGACCCCCAAGUAGUGAAGUGACACAAUCUGAAGGCAAGUUAGGAACAACUGAAGGGGAGAAUGCAGCCACCACUGGAACUGUUGGUGAAAACACUUCCCGAGCCUCAGCAGGUACAACUGGAACAUCCGGUAUUACAACUAGUAGAGAUGAAAAUAAACCUGGGUCACCCCGCAGUGGUACUACAAGCUCUUCAGAUAAACUAGGAACAACUGGACACUAUGUUGAAGGAGGUGGAACAACUGGGCCAUCUGAGGGAAGAUCAGGGACAACUAGAAUAUCAGCUGAAGGAUCAGGGACAACUGUAUUGUCAUCUGUAGUGACAGGGAAAACAGGACCAUCACUGGGAGGAUCAGCAACAACAAGAUCAUCAGUUAAAGGAUCAGAGACAACUGAACCAUCUGUUGUAGAUUCAAGAACAUCUGUACCAUCAGAAGGAUUGACAGGAGCAACUGAACCAUCACUUGGGUUAACAACACCUGGACCAUCAGCUGAAGGAUCAGGGACAACUACAUUACUUGCUGGAGUAUCACAAACAACUGAAAGCUCUGUUCUAAAGUCAGGAAAUACUGGACCAUCCAUAGGAGGAUCACAGACAACUGAACAAUCAGGUGAAGAAGCCCAGACAAGUGGACUAGCAGCUGGAGGAUCAGGGACUACAGGACCAUCCACUGAAGAAUCAGAAAAAACAGAAACACCUGUUCUGGGUUUAGGGACAACUCAAACAUCUGAAGGAUUAGGAACAACUACAUCUGUUUUAGGUUCAGGGACAAUUGGAACAUCAUCUGGAGUGACAAGAACAACUAAAUCAUCAUCUCGAGAUUCAGAUACUACAGGACCAACAGCUGAAGUAUUAGGAACAACUAAAUCAGCAUCUGGUAUAUCAAGCACAACUGGACUAUUGUCUGGUGGGUCAGGGACAACUGGACCAUCUGUUGUAGGAUCAGGAACAUCUGUACCAUCAGCAGGAUUGACAGGGACCUCUGGUCUAUCACCUUGGUUUGCAACAACUGGACAAUCAUCUGUAGGAUCGAGGACAACUGAGUCAUUGGCUGGAAGACCAGAAACCACUGCAACCUCCAUUGUAAGUUCAGGCACUACCAGUCCAUCCACAGGAGGAUCACAGACAACUGGACUGUCAGCCAAAGAAGCAGGGACAACAGAACAAGCAGCUGCAAUAUCAGGGACCACAGGACCAUUCCAUGGACGAUCAAGAACAACAAGACAAUCUGUUUUAAGUUCAGGGAUGACCUUACCAACUUCUAAAGAAAUAAGGACAACUAGACCUUCAUUGGUAAAGUCAGGUACAACUGCAGUAUUGACUCCAGGAUCAGCCACAAGUGGACUGUCAUCUGGAGUGUCUGAGUCCACUGAACCAUCAUCUGAAGCAUUAGGAACAACAAGAUCAUCAGCUGGUAUAUCAGAGACAACUGGACCAUCAACAGUUGGAUCUGGGAUGGCAACAGGACCAUUUUUUGUAGAAUCAGGAACAGCUGUAUCAUCGGUAGGAUUGACUGGGACAUCUGACUUAUCACAUGGGUUAGGAAUAACUGGGCCAUCAGCUAAAGGAGCAGGGACAACUGGAUCAUUUGCUGGGAAUUCAGGAACAACAGUAACCCCUGUUGUAAUUUCAGGGACUGCUGGUCCCUACACAGUAAAAUCACAGAUGACUGGACAAUCUGCUGAAGAAGCUGGGACAACAGGACCAACAGCUGGAGGUUCAGGGACCACAGGACCAUUCCAUGGAGGAUCAGGAAAAACAGGACAAUCUCUUUUAGGUUCAGGGACAACCAGACCAUCUGUUGUAGGUCCAGGAACAACUAUACCUUCAAGUAGACUAUUUUUUGUAGGUUCAGGGACAACCAGAGCAUCAUCUGGAGUGAAAAGGACAAUUGGACCAUCAUCUGGAGAAUUAGGAACAACUAGAUCAUCAUCUGGUAUGUCAAGGACAAUUGGACCAUCAACUGGAAGGUCAGGGAUAACUGGACGUUCAGGAACAGAAUCAGGAACAUCAGUAACAUCAGUAGGAUUAACAGGGACAUCUGGAUCAUCAUUUGGGUUAGGAACAACUGGACCAUCAACAAAAGUAUCACAAACAACUACAGCACCUAUUGCAGGAUUAGUAAAAUCUACAUCAUCUACAAGAUUGACAGGGUCAACUGGAUCAUCAAUUGGGGGACCAGAGACAACUGGAACAGCAGCUAGAGGAUCAGGGACCACAACACUGUCAGCGGGAGCAUCAGGAGAAACUGGAACAUUAGCUGAAGGAUCAGAAACAACAAAAACCUUUGUUAUAACAUUAGGGAUUACUGAAACACCUGUAAGAGGAUCACAGACAAUGGGAUGGUCAACUAAAGAUGCAGGAACAACUGGGCAAGAAGCUAGAGGAUCAGGGACGACAGGGCAAUUCAUUGGAGGAUCAGGAACAUCAGUGUCAUCUGUUUUUGUUUCAAGGACAAUUCACCCAUUAUCUGAAGAAUCAGGGACCACUAGACCAUCUGUUUUAGGUUCAGAGACAACCAGACCAUUACCUGGACACACAGAGACCAUGAGAUCAUCAUCUGGAGAUUCAGACACCACUGAACCAUCAGCUGAGGUAUUAGGGACAACUAGAUCACCAGCUGGUAUAUCAGAAACAACUAGACUAUCAACGGGUAGAUCUGGGAUGACAGAAGGACCAUCUGUUGUAGGGUCAGAAACAUCUGUACCAUCAGUAGGUUGGACAAAGAUAUCUGGCCCAUCACCUGGGUUAGUAACAACUGGGCCAUCAGCUGAAGGAGCAGAAACAACUGGAUCAUUUGCGGGAAAUUCAGGAAGAACGGCAACUGCUAUUGUAAGUUCAGGAACUAGUGGUCCCUACAUAGGAGGAAUCCAUACAACUGUACUAUCACCUGAAGAGACAAGGACUAUAGGACCAACAUCUGAGGGAUCAGGGACCACAGAACCAUUCCCUGGAGUACCAGGAACAACAGAACAAUCUGUUUUAGGUUCAGAGACAACUAGACCAUCAGUUGUAAGUUCAGGAACAAGUGGAAUAUCACCUGGAGUGAUGGGUAUACCUGGACAAUCUACUAGAGUGACAGGGAAAAUUGAACCACCAGCUGGAGAAUUAGGAACAACUGGAUCAUCAGCUGGUAUAUCAAGCACAACUAGACUAUUGUCCGGUGGGUCAGGGAAAACUGGACCAUUUGUUGUAGGACCAGGAACAUCUGUCCCAUCAGCAGGAUUGACAGGGACCUCUGGUCAGUCAUCUGGGUUUGCAACAACUGGACAGUCAUCUGUAGGAUCGAGGACAAUUGAGUCAUUGGAUGGAAGACCAGAAACCACUGCGACCUCCAUUGUAAGUUCAGGCACUACCAGUCCAUCCACAGGAGGAUCAGAGACAACUGGACUGUCAGCCAAAGAAGCAGGGACAACAGAACAAGCAGCUGGGGGAUCGGGGACCACAGGACCAUUCCAUGGACGUUCAGGAACCACAGGACGAUCCGUUUUAAGUUCAUGGACGACUGGGCCAUCAUCUGAAGAAUUAAGGACAACUAUACCUUCAUUGGUAAAGUCCAGCACCACUGGAAUAUCAGCUACAGGAUCAGCCACAGCGGGACAGUCAUCUGGAAUAUCUGAGUUCCCUGAGCCAUCAUCUGAAGUAUCCAGAACAACUAGAUCAUCAACUCGUACAUCAAGCACAACUGGACCAUUGCCUGGUGGGUCAGGGAAAACUGGACCAUCUGUUGUAGGACCAGGAACAUCUGUCCCAUCAGCAGGAUUGACAGAGUCCUUAGGUCCAUCACCUGGGUUUGCAACGACUGGACAGUCAUCUGUAGGAACGAGGACACCUGAGUCAUUGGCUGAAAGACCAGAAACCACUGCGACCUCCAUUGUAAGUUCAGGCACUACCAGUCCACCCACAGGAGGAUCAGAGACAACUGGACUGUCAGCCAAAGAAGCAGGGACAACAGAACAAGCAGCUGGAGGAUCGGGGACCACAGGACCAUUCCAAGGACGUUCAGAAACAACAGGAGAAUCCGUUUUAAGUUCAUGGACGAAUGGGCCAUCAUCUGAAGAAAUAAGGACAACGAGACCUUUGUUGGUAAAGUCAGGCACCACUGGAAUAUCAGCUACAGGAUCAGCCACAGCGGGACAGUCAUCUGGAAUAUCUGAGUUCCCUGAGCCAUCAUCUGAAGUAUCCAGAACAACUAGAUCAUCAACUCGUACAUCAAGCACAACUGGACCAUUGCCUGGUGGGUCAGGGAAAACUGGACCAUCUGUUGUAGGACCAGGAACAUCUGUCCCAUCAGCAGGAUUGACAGAGUCCUCAGGUCCAUCGCCUGGGUUUGCAACGACUGGACAGUCAUCUGUAGGAACGAGGACACCUGAGUCAUUGGCUGAAAGACCAGAAACCACUGCGACCUCCAUUGUAAGUUCAGGCACUACCAGUCCAUCCACAGGAGGAUCAGAGACAACUGGACUGUCAGCCAAAGAAGCAGGGACAACAGAACAAGCAGCUGGGGGAUCGGGGACCACAGGACCAUUCCAUGGACGUUCAGGAACAACAGGACGAUCCGUUUUAAGUUCAUGGACGACUGGGCCAUCAUCUGAAGAAUUAAGGACAACUAUACCUUCAUUGGUAAAGUCCAGCACCACUGGAAUAUCAGCUACAGGAUCAGCCACAACGGGACAGUCAUUUGGAGUAUCUGAGUCCCCUGAGCCAUCAUCUGAAGUAUCCAGAACAACUAGAUCAUCAACUCGUGUAUCAAGCACAACUGGACCAUUGCCUGGUGGGUCAGGGAAAACUGGACCAUCUGUUGUAGGAUCAGGAACAUCUGUCCCAUCAGCAGGAUUGACAGAGUCCUCAGGUCCAUCACCUGGGUUUGCAACGACUGGACAGUCAUCUGUAGGAACGAGGACACCUGAGUCAUUGGCUGAAAGACCAGAAACCACUGCGACCUCCAUUGUAAGUUCAGGCACUACCAGUCCACCCACAGGAGGAUCAGAGACAACUGGACUGUCAGCCAAAGAAGCAGGGACAACAGAACAAGCAUCUGGAGGAUCAGGGACCACAGGACCAUUCCAAGGACGUUCAGGAACAACAGGAGAAUCCAUUUUAAGUUCAUGGACGACUGGGCCAUCAUCUGAAGAAAUAAGGACAACGAGACCUUCGUUGGUAAAGUCCAGCACCACUGGAAUAUCAGCUACAGGAUCAGCCACAACUGGACAGUCAUUUGGAGUAUCUGAGUCCACUGAGCCAUCAUCUGAAGUAUCCAGAACAACUAGAUCAUCAACUCGUACUUCAAGCACAACUAGACCAUUGCCUGGUGGGUCAGGGAAAACUGGACCAUCUGUUGUAGGAUCAGGAACAUCUGCCCCAUCAGCAGGAUUGACAGAGUCCUCAGGUCCAUCACCUGGGUUUGCAACGACUGGACAGUCAUCUGUAGGAACGAGGACACCUGAGUCAUUGGCUGAAAGACCAGAAACCACUGCGACCUCCAUUGUAAGUUCAGGCACUACCAGUCCAUCCACAGGAGGAUCACAGACAACUGGAUUGUCAGCCAAAGAGGCAGGGGCAACAGAACAAGCAGCUGGAAGAUCAGGUACCACAGGACCAUUCCAUGAACGAUCAGAAACAACAAGACAACCUUUUUUACAUUCAGAGACGACCUUACCAACUUCUAAAGAAAUAAGGACGAGACCUUCGUUGGUAAAGUCAGGCACAACUGGAGUAUUGGCCACAGAAUCAGCCACAACUGCACUGUCAUCUGGAGUAUCUGAGUCCACUGAGCCAUUAUCUGACAAAUUCAGAACAACUAGAUCAUCAACUCGAAAAUCAAGUACAACUGGAACAUUGCCUGGAGGUUCAGGGACAAUUGGACCAUCUGUUGUAGGACCAGGAACAUCUGUCCCAUCAGCAGGAUUGACAGAGGCCUCUGGUCCAUCACCUGGGUUCGCAACAACUGGACAGUCAUCUGUAGGAUCGAGGACAAAUGAGUCAUUGGCUGGAAGACCAGAAACCACUGCGACCUCCAUUGUAAGUUCAGGCACUACUAGUCCAUCCACAGGAGGAUCACAGACAACUGGACUGUCAGCCAAAGAAGCAGGGACAACAGAUCAAGCAGCUGGAGUAGCAGGAACCACAGGACCAUUCCAUGGACGAACUGGAGCAACAAGACAACCUGUUUUAGGUUCAGAGACGACCUUACCAACUUCUAAAGAUAUAAGGACGAGACCUUCAUUGGUAAAGUCAGGCACCACUGGAAUAUCAGAUACAGGAUCAGCCACAACUGGACAGUCAUUUGGAUUAUCUGAGUCCAUUGAGCCAUCAUCUGAAGUAUCCAGAACAACUAGAUCAUCAACUCAAAAAUCAGGCACACCUGGCCUAUUUUCUGGUGGGUCUGGGACAACUGGACCAUCUGUUGUAGGACCAGGAACAUCUGUACCAUCAGCAGGAUUGACAGAGUCCUCAGGUCCAUCUCCUGGGUUUGCAACAACUGGGCAAUCAUCUGUAGGAUCGAGGACAAUUGAGUCAUUGGAUGGAAGACCAGAAACCACUGCAACCUCCAUUGUAAGUUCAGGCACUACCAGUCCAUCCACAGGAGGAUCAGAGACAACUGGACUGUCAGCCAAAGAAGCAGGGACAACCGAACAAGCAGCUGCAAUAUCAGGGACUACAGGACCAUUCCAUGGACGUUCAGGAACCACAGGACGAUCCGUUUUAAGUUCAUGGACGACUGGGCCAUCAUCUGAAGAAUUAAGGACAACUAGACCUUCAUUGGUAAAGUCCAGCACAAGUGGAAUAUCAUCAAUAGGAUCAGCCACAACUGGACCAUUAUUUGGAAUAUCUGAGUCCACUGAGCUAUCAUCUGAAGUAUUCAGAACAACUAGAUCAUCAACUCGUACAUCAAGCACAACUGGCCUAUUUUCUGGAGGUUCAGGGACAACUGGACCAUCUGUUGUAGGAUCAGGAACAUCUGUCCCAUCAGCAGGAUUGACAGAGUCCUCAGGUCCAUCACCUGGUUUUGCAAUAACUGGACAACUGUCUGUAGGAUCAAGGACAACUGAGUCAUUGGCUGGAAGACCAGAAACCACUGCAACCCCCAUUGUAACUUCAGGCACUACAAGUCCAUCUACAGGAGGAUCACAGACAACUGGACUGUUAGCCAAAGAAGCAGGGACAACAGAACAAGCAGCUGGAAGAUCAGGGACCACAAGACCAUUCCAUGGACGAUCAGGAACAACAAGUCAACCUGUUUUACAUUCAGGGACGACCUUACCAACUUCUAAAGAAAUAAGGACAACGAGACCUUCAUUGGUAAAGUCAGGCACGACUGGAGUAUUGGCCACAGGAUCAGCCACAACUGGACAGUCAUUUGGAGUAUCUGAGCCCACUCAACCAUCAUCUGAAGUAUUCAGAACAACUAGAUCAUUAACUCGUAUAUCAAGCACAACUGGCCGAUUUUCUGCAGGUUUGGGGACCUCUGGACCAUCUGUUGUAGGACCAGGAACAUCUGUCCCAUCAGCAGGAUUGACAGGCACCUCUGGUCCAUCACCUGCGUUUGAAACAACUGGACAGUCAUCUGUAGGAUCGAGGUCAACUGAGUCAUUGGCUGGAAGAUCAGAAACCACUGCGACCUCCAUUGUAAGUUCAGGCACUACCAGUCCACCCACAGGAGGAUCAGAGACAACUGGACUGUCAGCCAAAGAGGCAGGGACAACAGAACAAGCAGCUGGAGGAUCAGGGACCACAGGACCAUUCCAUGGACGAUCAGGAACAACAAGACAACCUGUUUUACAUUCAGGGACGACCUUACCAACUUCUAAAGAAAUAAGGACAACGAGACCUUUGUUGGUAAAGUCAGGCACCACUGGAAUAUCAGAUACAGGAUUAGCCACAACUGGACAGUCAUCUGGAGUAUCUGAGUCCACUGAGCCAUCAUCUGAAGUAUCCAGAACAACUAGAUCAUCAACUCGUACAUCAAGCACAACUGGACCAUUGCCUGGUGGGUCAGGGAAAACUGGACCAUCUGUUGUAGGACCAGGAACAUCUGUCCCAUCAGCAGGAUUGACAGAGUCCUCAGGUCCAUCACCUGGGUUUGCAACGACUAGACAGUCAUCUGUAGGAAUGAGGACACCUGAGUCAUUGGCUGAAAGACCAGAAACCACUGCGACCUCCAUUGUAAGUUCAGGCACUACCAGUCCAUCCACAGGAGGAUCAGAGACAACUGGACUGUCAGCCAAAGAAGCAGGGACAACCGAACAAGCAGCUGCAAUAUCAGGGACUACAGGACCAUUCCAUGGACGUUCAGGAACCACAGGACGAUCCGUUUUAAGUUCAUGGACGACUGGGCCAUCAUCUGAAGAAUUAAGGACAACUAUACCUUCAUUGGUAAAGUCCAGCACCACUGGAAUAUCAGCUACAGGAUCAGCCACAGCGGGACAGUCAUCUGGAAUAUCUGAGUCCCCUGAGCCAUCAUCUGAAGUAUCCAGAACAACUGGAUCAUCAACUCGUGUAUCAAGCACAACUGGACCAUUGCCUGGUGGGUCAGGGAAAACUGGACCAUCUGUUGUAGGAUCAGGAACAUCUGUCCCAUCAGCAGGAUUGACAGAGUCCUCAGGUCCAUCACCUGGGUUUGCAACGACUGGACAGUCAUCUGUAGGAACGAGGACACCUGAGUCAUUGGCUGAAAGACCAGAAACCACUGCGACCUCCAUUGUAAGUUCAGGCACUACCAGUCCAUCCACAGGAGGAUCACAGACAACUGGACUGUCAGCCAAAGAAGCAGGGACAACAGAACAAGCAGCUGGGGGAUCAGGGACCACAGGACCAUUCCAAGGACGUUCAGAAACAACAGGAGAAUCCGUUUUAAGUUCAUGGACGACUGGGCCAUCAUCUGAAGAAUUAAGGACAACUAGACCUUCAUUGGUAAAGUCCAGCACCACUGGAAUAUCAGCUACAGGAUCAGCCACAACGGGACAGUCAUCUGGAAUAUCUGAGUCCCCUGAGCCAUCAUCUGAAGUAUUCGGAACAUCUAGAUCAUCAACUCAAAAAUCAAGUACAACUGGAACAUUGCCUGGAGGUUCAUGGACAACUGGACCAUCUGUUGUAGGAUCAGGAACAUCUGUCCCAUCAGCAGGAUUGACAGAGUCCUCAGGUCCAUCACCUGGGUUUGCAACAACUGGACAGUCAUCUGUAGGAUCGUGGACAACUGAAUCAUUGGCUGAAAGACCAGAAACCACUGCGACCUCCAUUGUAAGUUCAGGCACUACCAGUCCAUCCACAGGAGGAUCACAGACAACUGGACUGUCAGCCAAAGAGGCAGGGACAACAGAACAAGCAGCUGGGGGAUCAGAGACCACAGGACCAUUCCAUGGACGUUCAGGAACAACAGGACGAUCCGUUUUAAGUUCAUGGACGACUGGGCCAUCAUCUGAAGAAAUAAGGAGAACUAAACCUUCCUUGCUAAAGUCCAGCACCACUGGAAUAUCAGCUACAGGAUCAGCCACAAUUGGACACUCACCUAGUGUAAUUGAGUCCACUGAGCCAUCAUCUGAAGUAUUCAGAACAACUAGAUCAUCAACUCGUAUAUCAAGUACAACAGGACCAUUGCCUGGUGGGUCAGGGACAACUGGACCAUCUGUUGUACGAUCAGAAACAUCUGUCCCAUCAGCAGGAUUGACAGGUACCUCUGGUCCAUCACCUGGUUUAGCAACAACUGGACAAUCAUCUGUAGGGUCGAGGACAACUGAGUCAUUGGCUGGAAGAUCAGAAACCACUGUGACCUCCAUUGUAAGUUCAGGCACUACCAGUCCAUCCACAGGAGCAUCACAGACAACUAGACUGUCAGCCCAAGAGGCAGGGACAACAGAGCAAGCAGCUGGGGGAUCAGGGACCACAGGACCAUUCCAUGGACGAUCAGGAACAACAAGACAACCUGUUUUGGGUUCAGAGAAAACUCUACCAACUUCUAAAGAAAUAAGGACAACUAGACCUUCAUUGGUAAAGUCCAGCACAACUGGAGUACUGGCUACAGGAUCAGCCACAACUGCACUGUCAUCUGGAGUAUCUGAGUCCACUGAACCAUCAUCUGAAGUAAUUGGUAAAACUAGAUCAUCAACCCAUAUAUCAAGUACAACUCGUCUAUUUUCUGGAGGUUCAGGGACAACUGUAAUGUCUGUUGUUGGAUCAGGAACAUCUGUACCAUCAACAGGAUUGACAGGGACCUAUGGUCCAUCACCUGCAUUCGUAACAACUGGACAAUCAUCUGUAAUAUUGAGGACAACUGAGUCAUUGGCUGGACUAUCAGAAACAACUGAAACCUCUGUUGUUAGUGCAGGGAUUACUGGUCUGUCCACAAGAGGAUCUCAUACAACCGGACCACCUGCUGAGGAAACUGGUAUAACAGAACGAGCUGGUGGAGCUUCAGGGACCAUAGGACUGUUCCAUGGAGUAUCAGGAACAACAGUAUAUUCUGUUUUAGGUUCAGAAACAACAAGAAAAUCUGUUGUCAGUUCAGGAACAACUGUACCAUCAUCUGGAGUGACAGGAAUAACUGGAUCAUCAACUACGGAAUUGGGAACAAGUAGAUCAUCAGCUGGUAUAUCGGAGAACACUGGGGCAUUAAUGAGUGGAUCUGGGGUUACAACAGGACCAUCUUUUGUAGGAUCAGGCAUAUCUGUACCAUCAGUAGGAUUGACAGGGACCUCUGGUCCAUCACCUGGAUUAGCAACAAUUGGAUCAUCAGCUGAAGGAUCAGGAAUAACUGGAGUAUAUUCUGGAAUAUCAGAAACAACUUCCACCUCUGUUGUAAGUUCAGAGACUAUUGGUCCAUUUACAGGAGGAUCACAGACAACUGGACUGUCAGCCAAAGAAGCAGGGACAACAGAACUAACAGCUGGAGAAUCAGGGACCACAGGACCAUUCCAUGGACGAUCAGGAACAACAAAACAAUCUACUUUAGGUUCAGGGAUUACCUUACCAUCUUCUAAAGAAAUAAGGACAACUAGAUCUUCGUUGGUAAAGACAGGCACAACUGGAGUAUCAGCUACUGGAUCAGCCACAACUGGAAUGUCAUCUGGAGUAUCUGAGUCCACUGGACCAUCAUCUAAAGUAUUAGGAACAACCAGAUCAUCAGCUGGUAUAUCAGAGACAACUGGACCAUCAACACGUGGAUCUAGAAUGACAAGAGGACCAUUUUUUGUAGAAUCAGGAACAUUUGUACCAUCAGUAGGAUUGACAGGGAUGUCUGGUCCAGAGCCAACUGGAUCAUUCACUGGAAGAUCAGAAACAACAGCAACCUCUACUGUAAAUUCAGGUGCUAGUGGUCUCUACAAUGGAGGAAUCCAGACAACUGGGCUGUCAGCUAAAGAAGCAAGGACAGCAGGACCAUUUCGAGGAGGGUCAGGAACAACUGGAAGAUUUGUUGUAGGUUCAGGGACAACUGUGCCGUCAUCUAGAGUGGAAAGCAUAACUGGACCAUUAUCUGGAAUGACAGGAAUAACUGGACCAUCAGCUGAGGAAUUAGUAACAACUAGUUCAUCAGCUGGUAUAUCAGAAACAACUGGAUUAUCAAUGGGUGGAUCUGGGAUGACAGCAGGACCAUCUGUUGUAGAGUCAGGAACAUCUGUAUCAGUAGGAUUGGUAGGGACAUCUAGCCCGUCACAUGGGUUAGGAAAAACUGGGCCAUCAGCUGAAGGAGCAGGGACAACUGGAUCAUUUUCUGGAAGAUCAGAAACAACAUCAGUCUCUAUUAUAAAUUCAGGUACUAGUGGUCCCUACAUAGGAGGAAUCCAGACAACUGGAAAAUCUGUUGAAGAAGCUGGGACAAUAGGACCAACAGCUGGAGGUUCAGGGACCACAGGACAAUUCCAUGAAGGAUCAGAAACAACAGGACAAUCUGUUUUGGUUUCAGGGACAACUAGACUGCCUGUUGUAGGUUCAGGGACAACUGGGGCAUCAUCUGGAGUGACAGGUAUAACUGGACCAUCAUCUGAAGUGAAAGGGACAAUUGGACCAUCAGCUGGAGAAUUAGGAACAACUAGAUCAUCACCUGGUAUAUCUAGGACAACUGGACUAUCAUCUGGUGGGUUAGAGACAACUGGACUAUCUGCUGUAGGAUUAGGAACAUCUCUCCCAUCAAGAUUGGCAGGGACACCUGGACCAUCAGCUAGUUUAGCAACAACUGGACCAUCAGCUAAAGGAUCAGGGACAACUGAAUCAUUUUCUCGAAGAUCAGAAACAACUGAAAUCUCUGUGGUAAGUUCAGCAACUAUGAGUACAUCCAUAGGAGGAACACAGACAACUGGACAAUCUGCUGAGGAAGCAGGGGCAACAGGUCUAGAAUCUGGAGGGUCAGGGACUACAGGACUAUUCCAUGGAGGAUCAGAAACUACAGGACAAUUUAUUUUAGGUUCAGGGACGACCUUACCAUCUUCUGAAAAAUUAAGGUCAACUAGACCUUUAUCGGUAAAGUCGGGCUCUACUGGAGUAUCUGCUACAGGAUCAGUCACAAGUGGACUGUCAUCCUGGGAAUCUGGGUCCACUGGAUCAUCAACUGAAGUAUUCAGAACAACUAGAUCUUCUGUUGGAAUAUCAAGGACAAGUCAACCAUCUGCUGGAGGAUCAGGGACAACUGCACCAUCCGUUGUAGGAUUAGGAAUACCUUCAUCAGCACCAGGAUUGACAGAAUCAACUGGACCACCAGUUUUAGGAUCAGGGACAACUGAAACAGCAGCUAGAGGAUCAGGGACCACAGGACUAUCAGCUAGCAGAUCAAGGACAACUGGAUCAUUAGCUGGAGUAUCAGAAACAACCAAAACCUCUGUUGCAAUGUUAGAGACUACUGCAACAUCUAUAGUAGGAUCAUGGACAACUGAACAAUCAACUGAAGAAUCAAAGACAACUGUACAAUCAGCCCUAGGAUCAGAGACCUCAAGACCAUCUAGUGGAUUGUCAGGAAUGACAGGAUCAUCAAGUUUUGGUUCAGGGACAACCCUGCCAUCAUCUGAAGAAUCAAGGGUAACUAGACCAUCCGUUAUAGGUUCAGGCACAACUGAACCAUCAUAUGGAGUGAUUGGGACAAGUGGAUCAUCAUCUGGAGAUAUAUCCAUCACUGGACCACCAUCUGAACUAUUAGGAACAAGUAUAUCAUCAGUUGGUAUAUCAAAGACAACUGGACAAUCAAUGGGUGGAUUUGGGACAACUGGACCAUCUGUUGUAGAAUCAGGAACAUCUUUGCCAUCAGCAGGAUUUACAGGGACAUCUAGAACAUUACAUGAGUUAGGAACAAGUGGACCUUCAGCUGAAGGAUCAAGGACAAUUGGAAUAUUUUCUGGAUUAUCAGAAACAACUGAAACCUCUGUUGUAAGGUCAGAGACUACUGGACCAUCCAUAGGAGAAUCACAGACAACUGGACAAUUAAUUGAAGAAGCAGGAACAACUGUACAAGGAUUUGGGGCAGCAGGGACCACUCAGCCAUCUUUUGGAGGAUCAGGAACAACAGGACCAUCUAUUUUAGGUUCAGGGACAACUCCACAAUCAUCUGAAGGAUUAGGGACAACUGUACCACCAGCUAUAGAACCAGGAACAACUGGGCCAUCGACCAAAGGAUCAGCCAAAACUGGAUCAUCAGGAUUACAGACCACUGAAUCAAUUGAAAUAUUAGGAUCAGCUAUAUCAUCAGUCAGUGAUUCAAGGACAAUUAGACCAUCAACUAAAGGAUCAGGGACAACUGUAAGAUUACCUGAAAGAGCAGAGACAAUUGGACCACCUGUUGUAAAUUCAAGGAUAACUGAACCAUCUGUAGCAUCACAGAGGACUGGACCAUCAGCUGAAGGUUCAGUGACCACAGGAUCAACAUCUGGUGGAUCAGGUACAACUGCCCCAUCUGUUAUAGGUUCAGAGACAUCUGGACCAUCAGCUGGAGCACCAGGAGUAACUGGAAUAUCAUCUAGAGGAGCAGGAGCAACUAGACUACUUGUUUUAGUUUCAGAUACAGCUAUGCCAGCAAGAUCCAGGACAACUGCAUCACCAGCUGGAGGAUCAGUGACAGCUGGACCACCAAAUGGAGAAUCAAGGACAACUAGAUCAGCUAUUUUAGGUUUAGGGACAACUCAACCAUCAUCUGGAGCAUCAGGAACAACUGGACCAUCAUAUGAAGUUUCAGGGACAACUGGACCAUCACCAGAAGGAUCAGGGACAAGUGGAUCAUCAACUGGGAUAACCACUGGGAUGUUAAGGAAUGAGGUUACCACAUCUGAAGGCAAGUCAAGUUCACUGAAAAUAGACCAUUUAUUGCCAGGUGCAACCAGAGUGUCAGUGGGAGCUACAACAGGUUCAGACAGGGGAAGCACAGCUGGAGCAUCAGGCUCUAUAACCACCACUGCUGGGAAACAAGCAGUCAAGACUUACCCGGGUACAACUGAAGAACCAUAUGGAGAAACUGAAUCAGGUGAAAGCAUAACCAGUUUAACCACACCUGGAAAAUCAGGUUUUACAGAAGCUGCCCCUGGUUCAACAACUGCACCAGAAAGUUCCACUACUGGCUCAGAUAAGAGAAUUCCACCAGUAUUAAUUGUAGAGGUCACAACUUCCACAGAAAGUGUUGGCACCAGUGGAGGUGGAUUCAGAACAGGCACCACUAGGGUAGCCUCUGGCGUAACUGUUGUCCCUGGAAAUUCUAACACAGAAGCCACAACUUUCCUAGGAGAAAAUGAAACAACCAGAGUUGGAAUAGCCACAGGUACUACUGGUAUAGUCCCUGAGAAAACUGUGGAACCUGGAAAUUACAGCACAGGUACCACCAUGAUUUCACUUGGAGCUAGUAGAAGUUCACAGAGUUCCAAGCCAGGUUUUACAGAGGAAUUCUCUGGGGUAACUAUUAUAUCUGGAAGUUCCCACACAGGCACCACCGCAGUACCGGGAGGCCAAGCAACUGGGAGUAUGACAGGCACCACUGGGGUAGCCCCUGGUACAACUGUUGCCCCUGGCAGUUCUAUUACAGAAGCCACAACUUCUGUGGGAGAAAGUGGAACAAGAAUGAGGAUCAUCACAGGCACCUCUGGCACAACAGGUGGAUACGUUCCUGGAAGUGAGGCAGAGGCCACAACUUCCACAGAAAUGACUGGAACUGGAGCCCAAACAGGUACCAGUGGAGUAGUCUCUGGCACAACUAUUAAAUCUGGAAGAUCCAGUGUUGGUACCAUUGGUGUGGCCUCGAGUACAACUGUUGCACCUGGAAGUUCCCAUAGUGAAGCUACAACACUCCCUGGAGGCAGUGGAAGCACAGGAGUUGAAAUUAAUACAGGGGGAUCCAGUAGCCAAGUCCCUGGCAUUCAAACAGGUACUAUUGGAGUGACCCCAGAAAGUACCAUCUCACCCAGAAUUUCCAACACAGGAGCUACCGCUGGUGCAUCUGAGACACCAAGCCCUGGAAGUAAAACAGGCACUACAGGUGUAAUCACUGGCACAACAGCAUCUGGAAGUUCCAACACAGUUACCACUGGGAUAACCACAGGUACAACCAUCGCACUUGGGAGUUCCAACACAAAGGCUACAACUUCUACAGAAUUUGAAGCUACCACUGUAUUUGGAAUGGCCACUAGUGAGUGGUUUGCUUUCAACCUUUUGUGUUCUCAACAGUUUUAUUUUUCUCUAUACACCAGCCUUUUAUAUUUUAUGAAGCUAAGAAUGAUAUAUCACUCUCAAUUCUUUAUCCAUCUUGCCUUAGCAGAUACUGCUUCAGAGUCAGCUGAAGUUUCCAGGGGUCCAGAAAAUUCUAGUCCUGGGGCUACAACUCUGGGACUAAGCCGUGACACCACUGGGCAUGUAAUUCAAACAGCUUCAGGAGUCACCAACCUAAUUCCAGGGAGCCAGUCUACUGGAAGAAAAAUAGCUACCACUGGGACAGGCUCUGUAAAUAUAUCAUCACCUGGAAGUUUCCAAGCAGAAACCACAACUUUUAAAGAAGGUGUUGGAACUAUGGAAGCAAGAAUUUCAUCAGGUACCACUGGGGUAGCCUCUGGCACAACAGUUAUUCCUGGAAGCUCCAAUACAGGUACUAGUGUGGCAUCAAGUAGAAUUACUGGUGUCCCAGAAAGUCCCACCCAAGGUACCUCCAGGGAAGUAUUUGAAACAACCACUGCUCCUGGAAAUUCUACCACAGCCACUGCUUCCAUUGGAGUCAAGGAAACCUCUGGAACUAGAAUGCAAACAGGCUCCACCUCCAUGUCAACUAAAAUCACAAGACCCAAAGUAUCCUACCCAGAAACCACUCUAGUCACAACAAGAGACCAAGAAACUGAAAAUAAAACAGGAUGUCUAGCAUCACUUCCACCACUUCCAGUUUGUCAUGGUCCGCUGGGAGAAGAGAAAUCUCCUGGAGAUAUAUGGACUGCCAAUUGCCACAAAUGCACCUGUACUGAUGCAAAGGCUGUAGACUGUAAACCCAAGGAGUGCCCUUCUGCACCCACAUGCAAAACCGGAGAGAGGCUUGUAAAGUUCAAAGCUAAUGAUUCCUGCUGUGAAAUUGGAUACUGUGAACCAAGAACGUGCUUAUUUAACAAUACUGAGUAUAAGAUUGGUGCUUCAUUUGAUGACCCCAGCAAUCCAUGCAUCUCCUACUCCUGCCAUAGCACUGGUUUCAUCGCAGUGGUCCAGGACUGCCCAAAGCAGACCUGGUGUGCAGAAGAAGACAGAGUCUAUGAUUCAAACAAAUGUUGCUAUACAUGUAAUACUAAUUGUAGAUCUUCACUUGUGAAUGUGACUGUUAAGUACCGUGGUUGCCAGAAAAAACUUGAGAUGGCAAGAUGUGUAGGGGAAUGUAAGAACACUGUCAAGUACAAUUAUCAUAUCUUUCAGCUGGCAAAUUCAUGUCUUUGCUGCCAAGAAGAUAAGUACGAAUUCCGGGAAAUUUUUCUUGACUGUCCUAAUGGCAGUACAAUACCUUACAGAUAUAGGCACAUCACGGCAUGUUCUUGCUUAGAUAUGUGCAAACAGUCUACACUCCCAACAGUCAGUUAACGCCAAUAUCACCUUUCCAAGUAUAACAGACCAGGUAUUUAUUUUAUAAAUGCACAAAAAUCACUAAAAUAGAAUAACUAAACAUUUGUAUCUCACUCAAAGUGUGAAUUCUCAUUCUGAGGCAUUUUGUUCUCUUGUUGACUGGAUGUGAAAAAUAAAUACAAGUUUUCAAGCAA